AUGUCAUGCGCCGAUAACUCGGGUGCUCGAAAUCUAUACAUCAUCUCAGUCAAGGGAAUUGGUGCAAGAUUGAACAGACUUCCCGCCGCGGGCGUUGGUGACAUGGUCAUGGCCACGGUCAAGAAGGGAAAGCCUGAGCUGAGGAAGAAGGUCAUGCCUGCGGUUGUAGUCCGACAAUCGAAACCUUGGCGACGAUCGGAUGGAAUCUACCUCUACUUCGAAGAUAACGCUGGCGUCAUUGUCAACCCCAAAGGCGAAAUGAAGGGCAGUGCCAUUACUGGACCCGUUGGAAAGGAAGCAGCUGAGCUAUGGCCCAGAAUAGCGAGUAACAGCGGUGUUGUGAUGUAA